AUGAGCGGUUAUCAAGGUCGAGGCGGAGCCUUCGGGCAGGACACUCGUGGUAGCUACGGAGGACGGGGUGGACGUGGUGGAGGUUUUGGACGAGGCCGUGGUGGACCCCCCUCGAUUAACAGGGACCAACCGCUCAGUGUAAGCGUGCAGACAAACUGUUUUGUCAUCAAAAAAUUGCCCCAAAAGGAUUACUAUCUUUACGACAAUACCUUUUGCACUGUGUCAGUGUUCAAACCCGAUGUAGAAGUGUUUGGACGGCGCCAAGAGCUUUUUGACAAGUUGCAAAGUAUUGUCGCCCCUCAGAUCUUCAGUCCCCGUGCUUUGUAUGAUGGCAAGGCACUCGUUUAUUCGUCGCAUCGUCUGAAAUUAGCAAGCGGAGAUGGCUCUUCUUUUCUCGUUGGAUGGUCCGAUAGACCAGUGGAGGGGAAUCGCGGAACCUUCAGGUUGACUCUAAAGCUCACCGCAGGAGAGAUGAUUCGACCAAAAAACUUGAGCACUUUAAUUCAGCAGAAAGCAGCCGUGGACAAUCCUGAAGUGACCACUGCAGUGAACCUUCUCAAUAUUUUGAUUCGCCAAGAUUCCAACCAGAAAUAUCCUCAUAACGCGAAAGCUUUUUUCUCCAGUGUUGGGAAGAUGAACUUGCCCGGGAUUGAGCUUUGGAGAGGGUUUCACCAGUCAGUUCGCCUCACCAGAGACCAUGCAUUACUAAAUAUCGACACUACAAUGACAGCCAUUUUCAAGCCCGGACCUCUCCUUGAUCUUUGCAUGGACUAUAUGCAAUUCCGAGAUACCAGGGAGUUGAUGUUUGAUGAGCGUGGUGGUCCUCAAGUUCACAAGCUCGAAAGAUUUCUCAAAAAGUUACAGGUGACGUUACAAACAACGAAAAAAAGGAGGACAAUACAUGGCUUGGUGCUCAAUGCAGGAAAGCAUGUGUUCAGUAAAGAUGGAAAUGAUAUGACAGUCGAGGAAUAUCUCAGCAUUACUUAUAACAUACAUCUCCGUUAUCCCAAUCUCGUUGGUGUGCGUCUGACCAAGCCGGGCGCAGAACACCAGAUAAUUCUCCCUUUGGAGGUCUGCAAUGUGAUAUCAGGGCAAUUUUACAAGCAGCGACUUCCAGACAACUUGACUCCAGAAGUAGUCCGAUUUGCAACUCUCAAUCCUGCAGCACGUCUCAGUGCAAUAACUGGCAGUUCGAGUACCCAGAUAAUUGCAGACUCACCGAUCCUGAACUACAAAAACUCUGAAUUCAUUGUGGAGUCUGGGAUGGAGAUUGACACCAAUCCAAUUACCAUUCAUGGUCAGCUGUUAGCUUUACCAAAAGUCAAAUUUAGAACAGACGAGCUUAUUCCUGUGAAUGGCGGUUGGAAUGUCCUGAAUCGCAUGCUAUAUAAAGCUGCACCUUUGAAUUGCUGGGCUGUUGUUAAUUUUAUUGAGAGAGGUGGUAACCAGUUGGUUGAAACAGUUAUGCGAGGAACCAUGCAAUGUGCCAAGAGCCUUGGUAUUGAUAUCUCUAACCCUUGCACAGUACAGUCUGGUUCUGGACAAGCAGUUGAGCAUGUUUUGAAUCGUACCGUGGUGGAGAUGAAGGCAAAAUUCCCUGAUCUCGAGAAUAUGAGACCACGUCCAUUACUACUUAUUCUUCUGCCACAGAAUGCAGCUGAAGUACGACAGAGAGUCAAACAUUGGGGUGAUUUUACAGCUGGUGUGAUCACCCAAUGUGUCCGCGAAGGCAAAUUGAAACGGGCAAAUGAUCAAUACUUCAACAACAUAGCCCUCAAAUUGAAUGCACGGCUGAAAGGGUCAAAUUUCAUAGUCAGUUCUCCCGCAAUGAACGCCUUAUCAAAUAAGGGCCGUUUCAUCAUCAUGGGAGCAGACGUCGCUCAUCCUGGUCCAGGGGUUCGUAGACCGUCGACUACCAGUCUCGUAUGGUCUAUGGAUCCUCAUGCUGCACAAUACCAUGCUCUCACGGAGAUUCAGAAUCCUCGCCUGGAAAUUAUACAGAGCCUGCAACAAAUGGUUUAUGAGGCUGUGCUUGGUUUUGGCAAGCAAAAUGGGACACCUUCUCAGCUCAUUUUUUUCAGGGAUGGAGUAAGCGAGGGUGAGUUUGCGAAGGUGGCCGAACAAGAGAUCAUGGACAUUCGCGCUGCAAUUGAUAAGUUGUGGAAAAUCAUGAAUAUACAAGAUCCAAAGCCCAAGUUUACCUUCAUUGUUGUGGGAAAAAGGCACCACAUUGUUUUCUUUCCUACUCAAAAUUCUCCUGCCAACGAUGGUAAAGGCAACUGUGUUGCAGGUUUCGCUAGUGACCAGAGAUACCUCUCGCAUCCUUCAACAACGGACUUCUAUCUCCAAUCUCACGCAGCCAUACAAGGAACUUCUCGUUCUGGCCAUUACACUGUCAUUCAUGAUGAGAUUUUUGACUACAAUGCUGAAAGAAUUCAAGAGCUUGCAUUUUCGUUGUGCCAUGUGUAUGCCAAAGCAACGAGGAGUGUGUCAAUUCCAGCUCCCAUUUAUUAUGCGGAUCUUGCUUGCAGCCGUGGUUCAUUUCAUUAUGCUCCCAAUUCAGCUUUCAGCUUAGCUUCUGAGGCAGCCAGCACUAUCUCUGAUAGUCAGGACUUCAAUCUCGAUGAUUGGAAGGCAAACUUCAGGAGAGUGAACAAAUAUAUGGCUUCAAGUAUGUACUUCCUAUGA